GGGGCCAUCAGGGGCGUCGCGUGACGUCUGCAGUCCGCCAGCCGCGGAGCCAGGAGAUGAGUGUCGAAGGAGGCGCGUGACGGAGAAGCGGUUGGCCGACGCCGCGGCGGCAGUCGUUGUAAACAAGGCCUCGCGCCGCUCGGGGCCCUGCGACCGCUCCUGGCUGAGCAGGCUUUGCUUUCACCAAAUCCAAGGAGGUGACAGGAGGAGUCCCUGCACAGGACUUAAGGAUGCUGUGACCAGAAGAUGGGAUCACGGAACAGCAGCAGCGCAGGAACUGGGUCCGGAGACCCCUCCGAGGGCUUGCCCCGAAGAGGGACUGGCCUGCGUAGGAGUGAGGAAGAGGAAGAGGAGGAUGAAGAUGUGGAUCUGGCCCAGGUACUGGCCUAUCUCCUACGCAGAGGCCAAGUGAGGUUGGUGCAAGGAGGAGGUACAGCAAAUUUACAGCUCAUCCAGGCCCUCUCGGACUCGGAGGAAGAGCAUGACAGUGCCUGGGAUGGUCGUCUUGGAGACCGAUACAACCCACCGGUGGAUGCAACCCCUGACACCCGGGAGCUGGAAUGCAAUGAGAUCAAGACACAAGUGGAAUUGGCCACAGGGCGGCUGGGGCUUAGGCGGGCAGCCCGGGAGCACAGCUUUCCUCAAAUGCUGCACCAGAGAGAACGGGGCCUCUGCCACCAGGGAAGCUUCUCCCUUGGAGAACGGUCUCGAAUGAUGUCUCACUUCUUGCCCAAUGAUCUGGGCUUUACUGAUACCUACUCUCAGAAGGCUUUCUGUGGCAUCUACAGCAAAGAUGGUCAAAUCUUCAUGUCUGCUUGCCAAGACCAGACAAUCCGACUGUAUGACUGCCGGUAUGGCCGCUUUCAUAAAUUCAAGAGCAUCAAGGCCCGGGAUGUAGGCUGGAGCGUCUUGGAUGUGGCCUUCACCCCUGAUGGGAACCAUUUCCUUUACUCCAGCUGGUCUGAUUACAUUCAUAUCUGCAACAUCUACGGGGAGGGAGACACACAUACUGCCCUGGAUCUAAGGCCAGAUGAGCGUCGCUUUGCUGUCUUCUCCAUCGCUGUCUCCUCAGAUGGGCGAGAAGUGCUAGGAGGGGCCAAUGAUGGCUGCCUGUACGUCUUUGAUCGAGAACAGAACCGACGUACCCUUCAGAUUGAGUCCCAUGAGGAUGAUGUGAAUGCGGUGGCCUUUGCUGACAUCAGCUCCCAAAUCCUGUUCUCCGGGGGGGACGAUGCCAUCUGCAAAGUGUGGGAUCGACGCACCAUGCGGGAGGAUGACCCCAAGCCCGUGGGUGCGCUGGCUGGACAUCAAGACGGCAUCACCUUCAUUGACAGCAAGGGAGAUGCCCGGUAUCUCAUCUCCAACUCCAAAGACCAGACCAUCAAGCUCUGGGAUAUCCGACGCUUUUCUAGCCGGGAAGGCAUGGAAGCCUCUCGCCAGGCUGCCACACAGCAAAACUGGGACUACCGCUGGCAGCAGGUGCCCAAAAAAGCCUGGCGGAAGCUGAAGCUCCCAGGGGACAGCUCCUUGAUGACCUACCGGGGCCAUGGGGUGCUGCAUACCCUCAUCCGCUGCCGAUUCUCCCCCACCCAUAGCACCGGCCAGCAAUUCAUCUACAGUGGCUGCUCCACUGGCAAAGUGGUCGUGUACGACCUCCUCAGCGGCCAUAUCGUGAAGAAGCUGACCAACCACAAGGCCUGUGUGCGUGACGUCAGCUGGCACCCCUACGAGGAGAAGAUUGUCAGCAGUUCGUGGGACGGGAACCUGCGUCUGUGGCAGUACCGCCAGGCUGAGUACUUCCAGGAUGACAUGCCAGAGUCUGAGGAACACCUGAGCACCCCUGCCCCAAUGUCCCACCCCUCUACAGCCUUUUCCUCGCCCCAGUAGAUCUGACUUCCAGCCCCAUUCAUGGGUGAGCCUCUUGACAUCUCUCCGCCUCCUCCCUCUCUCCCUUCUGGGGGAUCUUUGGGGAAUCACUGGCAUUGGGUGGGGAGAAACAGAAGCCCAGGCUUCGGUCCCCUAGCUAAGCCCCGGGAGGGAGAUCCUCCCCUUGGGGCAGAGUGGUCUUCUCACAUGCUCACACCCAUCAGCUUGGGUCUCUGUCUCUGGUCAGGGUCUGGCAGGACUGCCAUUAUCUGGUCAGCAGGAGUAACGUCCUGAGUGUUUUUAAUCAUGUUUGGAUGUUAAGUCUUAGCUCCUAGAGUAGAUGCCUGUGGCCAGGUCUGAACUGAACCAGGCCCAUUGCCCAGGCCUUCACGUUGAGGACUAAACUGGUCAAUCAGGGCCAGGUGUCCUGGCCUUUCUUUCAGAGGUCCUAAUGGCUAGAGCUCUAGCCCCUCAGGGGAGGGGUGGGGAUGGGUAAGGUGUGUCCUCAGCACCCUCCCUGGCUGGGAAUUACGGCUUCUCUCUCACGUGUCUGGGUCUUUGGGGUAGGCAGGCUGUGGUGUGAGAGGCUCCAUGUGACCCCACACAGGGCGGGCCCUCCCUUCCCCAAGUGUUCCCUCGUGCAGGAGGCCAGCAGCUUCGAGGAGGGAUGUUGAAGUAGGACUCCGUCCUCUCACUGGCUUUGGCUCCCUCAAUAAACUCUCUGUGGGAACCUA